AUGGCCGAAGCAACAGUCCAGCCGAUAGCAAAGAUCGAGCCGCCGGCAGCAUAUGCAUCUUCGCCACUAACACCCAUAAAUCUCAUCCUCCUCUCCCUCUUUGUCUUCAUCCUAUACCUCCGCCUCAAGCCUUCGACUCCGCAGACGUUGCCGAGCGCUCCGCCGCCGACCGUCUUCCGCACUUUUACCCCGCCCGAGCUGUUCCCUUACAAUGGCCUCAACAGUAUGCCAGUAUACCUCGCUGUACGUGGCCGUGUGUUUGACGUGACGUCUGGGCGCAACUUCUACGGCCCAGGUGGCCCGUAUGCCAACUUUGCCGGCCGCGAUGCCAGCCGAGGACUGGCGUGCGGUAGCUUUGACGAGAGCAUGCUGACCGAGGACCUUGAUGGUCCACUGGACACGCUUCAAGACUUAGACGAGGAGCAAAGGGAGGCUAUGCGAGGAUGGGAGGAGAGGUUCGAGGAGAAGUACCUUGUCGUUGGCAAGCUGGUCGCCGUGGGCAGCCCAGAGGCUGAGGCUGCCAAGGCGCAACAAUGA